CUUCCAGCCCGGGCCUCUCUUCCAGUCUCCGCUGCGAUCUCCCUGAGGCAGAGUUCUUCGCGGCCGGGUUAUGUCCCAGCCCCACCAGAAGCCCGCUGCUUCCCCGCGGCCUCGGCGCGCGGCAGCCCGCCACACCCAGGAGCACGUCAAUGAAAAAACCAGUGGAUCACCUUCCAGACCAGGAGACAAGAAAGGAUCAGAUGAGAAAAAUGCAGCCAGCCUUGGGAGUAGUCAGCUGUCUAGAACCCACGUUGGUGCAGUGGCCUCAACCACCAAGGUGUCAACUUCCUCUCCUUCAACCAGUAGGUCUUCCAGUAUGAAUUCCACAGAAACCAAGGGUGUGAAAUCAGAACCUGAAAAGAAGUCACAGCCAACUAAGCCAUCUGUGGUUCCCGAGAAAAAAACCCAAGAAAUAAAGCCAAAAGAACACACAGAGCCAAAAAGCCAUUCCAAGGGUGGGUCAGAUACAGGAAGCAAACAUGCUCAUAGUGAAAAAGUGUCUAAAUCAAGUGAGCAGCCUACAUUAGAGAAAGCAACAAAACCAAAGAUGAAGUCACAGGACAAGCUUUCUCCUGAUAAAGAGAGCAUUGUUGCUGGAGUAGCUGCAGCCUCUGACAAAGCAGCUGACAAGAAAAAAGAAAGUAAACUGUUAGCUGCAUCAGUUGAAUCCAAACCCGAUCAACCAUCUGGAAAGUCAGGCAUGGAUGCUGCUUUGGAUGACUUAAUAGACACAUUAGGGGAACCUGAAGAAGUGGAACAAGAUAAUACAGCAUACACUGGACCUGAAAUUUCAGAUCCAAUGACUUCUACUUACAUAGAGGAAUUGGGUAAAAGAGAAGUCACAAUUCCUCCAAAGUACAGAGAACUUUUGGCAAAAAAAGAAGGGAUUACAGAGCCUCCUCCAGACUCUUUGAAACCCAUGGGACCUGACGACGCCAUAGACUCCUUGUCAUCCGACUUUACCUGCAGUUCUCCAACUGCCGGUGCGGAGCAGGCUGAGAAAGAGAAAUCUACAGGAGAAGUCUUAAAAGCCCAGUCAGUCAGUGUCAUCAGAAGUGCCGCUCCACCCCAUGAGAAGAAAAGAAAGGUGGAGAAGAAUGCGAUGAGCGACCAGGCGCUGGAGGCUCUGUCGGCAUCCCUGGGCAGCCGCAAGUCGGAACCCGAGCUGGACCUCAGCUCCAUUAAGGAAGUCGAUGAGGCAAAAUCCAAAGAAGAGAAACUAAAGAAGUGUGGUGAAGAUGAUGAAACCGUCCCGUUGGAGUACAGAUUAAAAACAGUUACGGAUAAAGAUGGAAAACCACUAUUGUCAGAACCUGAGGAGAAGUCUAAGCUCUUGAGUGAAUCAGAACUCAUUGAUGAACUUUCAGAAGAUUUUGAUUCAUCAAAACAUAAAAAAAAGCAGCCUAAGCCAACUGAAAAAGCAAAAGCCACUGCCCCAACUCCUGUGGAAGAGGCUGUACCUCGGACCUCACUGUGUAGUGUACAGUCGGCACCCCCCAAGCCAGUGGUGACGAAGGGCAUGGUGCCAGAUGAUGCUGUGGAAGCCUUGGCUGGUAGCCUGGGGAAGAGUGAAGCAGAUCCAGAUGAUGGAAAGCCGAUGAAAGAUAAAAUAAAGGAAAAAGCCAAAGUAGAAGAUCGUGAAAAGCUUGGAGAAAAAGAAGAAACAAUUCCUCCUGAUUAUAGAUUAGAAGAGAUGAAGGAUAAAGAUGGAAAACCACUCCAGCCCCCAAAGCCCGAAGAAGUGCUUCCACCCAUGAAUGACGACCUCCUCCUCGAUGCUUUGUCUAAAGACUUCACCAGCCCUACACAAAUGUCACCUCUUGAAGUUAAAAAUAUUGAUGUCUCUGCUGUCUCUGAAGUGCUUUCCAAAACUCCAGCUCCCACCACGCACUCUGCAGGAGCGCCCCGGCCAAGUAACAGCAAAGCUCUCGACGAUGCCUUGGAUCAACUUUCUGACAGCCUAGGCCAAAGGCAGCCUGAUCCAGAUGACAACAAACCAAUGGAGGAUAAGGUCAAGGAAAGAACUAAAGCUGAACAUAGAGACAAGCUGGGAGAGAGAGAUGACACUAUCCCCCCUGAAUACAGACACCUCUUGGAUAAUGAUGAUGAGAACAAACCAGUGAAGCCACCUACAAAGAAACCCCAGGCAUCAAAGAAAUCUGAAGAUAACCAAGAUGCCAUAGACAGUCUUUCGGGAGAUUUUGACAGCUGUCCAACUACAGAAUCCUCAGAGCAAACAGCAAAGGAGAAAGAUAAGAAGAACGUUUCCAGUUCCAGAGUUCCCAAGAAUGGGGGUAAAGCAAAGAACUCGGCAAAGGUAAAGGAAGAAACUUCCAGGGCAAAAGCUGAUGAAAAAAAUACAAGCUAAAUUUCACACUACUUGGUAUCUGCAUAUAAAAUCUUCAGCUGGUGAAUGGUGGCUUUUGAAGAACAGAAAGAACAAGAGAUCAUUUUUCUGGGUGGCUUCUAGACAGUGGUGUUUGUUGAAACUUCUGACAUCCUAAACAUUGGUUUGUUCAUUCUAUUCCAGAAAAGAAAUUGAAUUUGUCUGGUUCACCUAUGAUGUCCUGAGUAUUGAUAAACUUUGAAUUUUUUAAAAUUGCCUUCAGUUGAGAGAAAGGAACUUUAUAUUUCUAAGAUAUAUUUGCUAAAGUUUCUUACAGCAACACCAAAAAAACCUUUGCAAGUUUUUGCACAUCCUAUAUACACAGUGCCUGUAAAUCUGAGUUAUUUUCAGUUUGCACUUUUUUUGUUAGCAUUCAUUUGGAAAACAGCACUCUAAAUACUUUCGUGUUCUGAUUUCUUAUUAGCCCUGCCCUUGGGCAUUUGAACGCUUUGAGUUAAUGUUCAUAAGUCAAAAAAACAUUGUACAUUGAGCGCAUAUCUUCUCUUAGGCUGCUAAUAAUAAAUUAAUAACCUGGACAGACCAGGAAGCACUGUAUCCCUUUUCAGUGUGAACUCUUCUUUGCCACGAGUUAGGAUUUCUGUACCUUAUAAUCAGAAAUCCUGAGACUUGAAUCAAGUCAGCAGAAGACUGUUCCUGAAUAGCAAGUUCCGAGAAGAAAUAAAACAAUGACCUUCA